AUGGCAGCUAAACUCCAAAUACACACGCCAUAUGUGCUGCAGGCACUUCCGCGCCCGCUCGACCGCCCCGACGGCCCUGGUCGCUAUCUCGCUGGAGAGGUUUUCGGCCAGAAACAACAUGACAAGCGGCGGAAGAGGAGCGAGCUUGCUGUAGCCAUUGACGGUGUCGCGGUUUACCUCUACGACAUCCUCUCCUCCCAGGCUGUCACAUCCUACUUGGUCUCGCCCCAUUCCGUCUUCACCUGCGCACCGUACUCGCUCCGCUGGAGACCGGCCUCGUCCAAGACAGCAACACGGUAUACCUAUGUUUCGCUUUCAACCAUCGAUGCCUCCUCUGCCUCUGGGAAGCGAGAAAUCAAGCUGUUCAAGGAGGAGAUCUCUGAGGCUGGGACGACCACCACGUCACAAGUGGCCCAUACCCUCCGCUGUGAUGCGUCUAUCGUCAACAUUUUCGCCAGUUCCCCGCGGAGUCCAAUUACCAAGCUUAUAACCGAAGAGUUUGGCUACCAUGACCUAGUCGUCGUGGCCGCUGACGGAACGGUUUUGGGUCUGAAUGGAGAGACGCUAGAGGAGCGUUGGCGGACGUCGCCGUCUCUUCUUUCCGAGGAAACUUUUUCCGGGCGUAAGCCGAGUCUUCAAGUCGACUUUGCUCAGCCCACAUUGGCCGCAGAUGUAAUUGAUGGAAUGUUCGGCGGCAGACCCGAGCUCUUUGGCGUCUUCCAAGAGAAGAUUCACCGCGACGGUUUCAAUCCCGACUUCCUCAUCCUGAUUACCUCAGACAGGGCGUCCCGAAGACGACACUUGCAUGUCCUCGCUCUGCCGUCAGAGAGGGAAGCACGGCAGGCGAACAACAAGCGUCUCAUUUCCGUGUUUGUCGCGCCUCUGUCCGCCGAAGCAAAUUGCACCGGCUUCCAGCUGGAUGUCAGGUUUGGGACCUUACAGGCGCGCUCUGACGGCACAAUCAGCACAUUUACCUUCAGCAAUGGCAUUCCCCGACUCGAGAACAAGCUGCAAGUUGUGGGCCUUACCUCGUUUCUCCGGUUGUCGAAGACAUCGGUCCUCGCUUCAGCAGCCGAUGGGUUCUCGGUCUACAACCCAAUCUACCGGUCACUCCAGGCAACUGCCCCUUUGGACACUGUGACCUCCGGGGAUAAGAGCAUUCCUUUCAAUUUCGUCACUUACUUUGCAAGCCGGGAGAUUGCUGUUGGCCUUCGCGGGGCAAAUCUCACUGCCAUCCAAAUAGAAGCGCCCAAAAAUCGGACAAUGAAGCGCCGUGCAGAAGGCCUGUUGGCGGACGCCAUCCGACGGGGCAUCCCCCGGGAACAGACUGUGCGGAAGCGAGCGCCAGCCGAUCAUACCGCCUCCGCCCUCGUCGCAGACCCUUUUCCGGGAUCGUCUGAUGCUUCGCUCGAAUGGCGGACGAAAUCAGCACAAGCCGACAAGCUCCUCCGCAACAACGAUCUCCGUUCUUGGGAGGCGCUCUUGGCAGAGAUUUUUAGGAUAUCAGUCAAAGAGAGUGAGGGUGAUGCCGAGAGGGGCAUUGUCAAUGGAACAACUGAACCAACUCAGCUUCCAGAGUGGGUAUGGCCGUCGUCCAGAGCUGACUAUGCUCGUGUCGAUAGGAGAUGGGUCUUCUAUGCUAUUAACCGAAUCUUUACCUGGGACGCUCAAGCUCAGGAUUCAAAGACUCCGCGGUUGGCCUGUCGCCUCCCUGAAAGCAACGUCCUCAACUACCUUGUUGAUUCUGGGCACCUGUUGACCUCCAACAUCAAGUCGGCAUUUAAGGGUGAAGUCCGAGAGGUGGAUCAGGUUGAAGACAUGAUCGGGGAGGAGAUUCCUGUGCUCUUGGCUGAGAUCGAUCCAACAAUGGAGCUGUUGUUGGGCUACCUCUCUGGAACGCAGCUUGGGUCGACCGAGUUGGUGUCUUCUAUCAAGCUCUUGCUGCGCAGCCUAGGCUUGUUCGAAGACUCGUCCAGAACUCUGCAGAUGCGGCUUACGGAGAACGGCGAUCAAAUCUAUGAUCAAGAGAACGAGGUUAUCAGCAUGGAGCUUGACCGGGCAGCCGAAGAGUUGCAGAUCACGGAACAUUAUCUUGGCGGACAUCGCGCCCGGGGCUUGGGGGUCGCUUUCAGCAAACUGGCGGCAUGUCCACCAGUCUCGACUGUCCAAAGCUUGCGGCGCCUCUUCACGCCCCAGGAAAUUAUUGGUCUGAUGAACGUGUUGCGGGCUGAACUCAUCAAAGAUGGUUGGACAACUCGAUACCUUGACAGGACCCGCGCCGACCAGGACGAGAUCGAGGCACCGCCUGACGGGAGCAUUCAGCUUAUUGCAGAUCUCAUGUCUAGAUGUAUCGACUCAGUAGGCUUGGCUGGCUGGAUGGCGUCGGAUUCCGUGCUGGCAAGCUCACGCAGUCAGGAGGACUCUGCCGAUUUCUUCAGCCAGUUUCAAGCCGAGGUUAGCGUUGCGCUGGAGGGCAUCAUGGAGGCCGUGCGUCUCCAGGGCGCUUUAGCAGAGGCCGUCAGCUAUGCGAAGAGGGCCAGGAAGGCGCUUGGGUCCGAUUCGGCGAAGGGAGGCAAGGCCGUGUCGUUACACGCAACGAAGGAACUGCCGCUGGGGCUCAAGACGGAUACCAAGAUCUCUACCGAAAGGAUUAGGUCGGGCGGCGAGGUGGUCCCUCGGAGCAGCCGGCAGAUUGGCCACUUUAUCAGCAAGAAGCGGGGUGUCUAUUCGGUGCAUCGGAUAUCAGAGGAGACUCUUCUUGGUGGAGCUUGUGCACUUGUCGUUCAGGAGGCGGGCCGCUGA